AUGCGGCAUUUUUUAGAAAUGCCUGAAGCUGAGUUCAUUCGAGUAACUGCGAGGGUACGCCCAUCGGUAUCUGGAAGUCAAGAACGCAUUGUCAAUGUGCUCGACAAGAAAAAUCUAUGCUUCAAUCCGCGUAACCCAAGAAACUUCACUUUCGAUGCAGUCUUCGACGAGAACGUCACACAGGAACAUGUUUUUGAAAAGAUGGCGGGCCAUAUAAUAGACGGUUGUGUCAACGGCUUUAACGGCACAAUAUUCGCUUAUGGACAGACCGGUUCUGGUAAGACUCACACUAUGCUCGGACCUCAUCAUGUCGAUAAUUUCCUUUUGAAUCCUGAAUAUCGUGGUUUGAUUCCCCGAGCAUGCGACGCACUCUUUACUAAGCUAUGUACUAAGGCUGCCGAGAAAGGUGAAAAUUUCAAAUACAACGUCACAUGCCGGUUUGUGGAGCUGUACAACGAAGAGUUUUAUGAUUUACUGAGUAAUUCGCAGGAAAAGCUCACAAUCCGCAGCGACUCGAACGUUGUUCAACUACUUGGCGUGUCGGAACAUUGCGUUCAAUCGAGUGUCGACCUUAUGAGAAUAUUGGAAGUUGGAUGGGACGCAAGAAGAACAGCGGAGACAGCCAUGAACCGGGAGUCUUCCAGAUCACAUGCAAUAUUCAUCGUCGAUGUGAGAACUGAGGAAUUGGUCAAUACCAUUGUGAACAAAAAGUGUGCUACUUUGAACCUAGUGGAUCUGGCAGGAUCAGAAAGACAGACACAGGCAAAAACUGUAGGAGAACGGUUCAAGGAAGCAAUUAAUAUUAAUUUGUCACUUAGCGUGUUGGGCCGCGUAAUCCGAACGCUAUCUGCGUCCAAACGCCGGGACGAGUUUGUUCCAUACCGCGAAUCUAAAUUAACACACAUACUUCGGGAUUCACUUGGAGGUAACAGUAGAACAGCAGUGAUUGUCAACCUUCAUCCUGAUGUUGGGUACUACUCUGACACGCUGUCAACACUACAGUUUGCAGCUGCUUGUCGAAAAAUCGAAAAUCGCGUUCAUGCGAAUGAAGACCUAUCGGGAGACACCGUCAUGGCCUACAAAAGCGAAAUUUCUCGAUUACGUGCGGAGCUUGACCAAAAAGAGGAGAAAGUCCGUUCAGAAAUGAAUCUGAAGAUAGCAUCGCUCGAAGAAGAGUUGAGGCUUUGGAAGGAUACCGCGAUUGCCCGCGAGAAGCAGCUCGUAGAUGCUCGACUGCAACGGGAUCUAUUUGCUGCACAGCUCACGAGUAAGCCAUCUGGAGAAGGAGACACGAAGUCCCAUGAAGAAAUGGUGCGUGAUAUCAUGUCACAGUUUGCGGCAAGAAUUGAUUCGAUUGGGUCCUUCGAAGAACUUUCAAGAGUACAACUUGAAAACGAUCUAUCUAGUGUCCAACGCGAGCUGGAACAGAUGCGGCUGCGGUUCGAGUGUGCUGAUGCUGCUAGGAAAGCUCUCAAUGAAAAGUACAAUAGUGUUCUGGAAGGGUACGAUGAGAAUUUAGCUGCAUCUCCGCUCCGAAGCCUCAAUUUGAACACGAGUAGGAAAACUGAUGUUGCUUGCAAAACUCCUGCUCAACUAAAAAAGGAACGACGAAUGACAAUGUUUACACCACCAAGAAAUCAGUCCUGCAGAAAAUCACGAGCGUUCAAGCCAGUUCUUUUCGACGACAACGAAGAAGGUGAUGCUAUGGAAGGGAAUAUCGAACAAGACACAGACAUGGUGCAAGAACGUGAGCUGCUUCGUUUGGAGAUGGAUAACAACAGGCUGUCACAACUUGUCAAUGAAAAAGAAGCCAAGAUGAAUGAGAUUUAUGAAGCUCAGAAAGUCCAAGCAAAACAGUGGAUAGAGGAACGGGAACAAUUUCUUGAAAUUGAGUCUUCGCUGAAAUCCCAAAUAGAACGUCUCGAAUCAGAAAAGUCGCAACUGACUGAAGACUUGGAGCAGGAGCAGCAAAGGACUAAUCUGCUUAGCGCAAAUAUUUUUGCCUUCAACGAUGAAAGAUCUCGCCUGCAGCAACAUAUCGAAGAAUUACGAGCAGAGAAAUUUGACCUCGAAGAUCGAUUGCAAGAACUUCAAAAUGAGGUAGAGCAAACGUCAGUCAAGCUGGGAAGGAUGAAUGAAUUGGAGUCCUCAAUAGGUGAUCUGGAGGCCCGGCUUAGUGAAGAACAUAAUAAGUACAAUUCUCUGAAGCAACUUCUUGAGACGAAAACAGAUGAGGCGAGUCAAAUAGGUGCAUCACUCCAACAAAAUCUUCAGGAUUAUAGAGCCCUUGUUUUGGAGAACGAUGAAUUGAAGGUUGGUCUUGAGCAGGUGAAGGAAAUGCGUUCCAGAAUGGAGCAGGAGUACAUUCAAAAGAUAAACCAAAUGAAAUAUCAGUCAGCCGUUGAUCUCAAAAACGCAGAAAAAAUGGUCGAGCAGGAGCGCAAUGCACAUGAGAAGACGAAGGAGCUUCUUCAAUUGAAAACCGGCGAGGCUGAUCAGGCGUCUGCGUCUCUCCAUCGAACGCUCGAAGAUUUAAGGGAAGUUGUUCAACAGCGAGAUGAGAUGCAGAGAAGUCUCGAGCAGCUACAAGAAAGAAAUAUGAAAGUGAAACGUGAGCUGUCGGAGGAGAUAGAUAAACUGAAAAAACGCCAUGCUGAUGAGCUGCAAACCGCAGAAAACAUGGUAGAACGAGAACGGGAGGCACACGAGAGGACUCUGCAGCAAUUUUCAACAUAUCGAAAUGAUCUCCAGGUGAACCUAGAAAAGCAAUUAGCCGAGUUUCAAGAGUCGUUCACAAACAAGGAAGAACAGCUUACCUUUGAUGUAUCGUGUAAAGAACAACAAAUCACGCAACUUCAAGGAGAGAAGGAGUUGUUGCUAGAGAAGUGCAGUCGUCUCAGUGAGUCCGAAAAACUUCUUGAGAGCUGUAAGAAGCAGUUAGAAAAGACUAAUAAGGAAUUGGAAGUACUGCGUUCCGCCAAAGCCGAAGGUGACCGCGCCAUUACAGAACUUGCUGGGCAUCACAAUCAAAAGCAAAAGAUCAAUUACUUGGAGAAAGUGCGAAGUGAAAACUAUAGCUUGAAAAAUCGCAUUGCUGAGCUAGAAGCUGAGCUGAAGCGGUAUGAGGCCACAUAUGGGAAACUUAAACAGCUAGCAAAGGAGCCUCUUCGCGGUCCCUCAACGAGAAGUCGCAGUGCACGCGGAUUCCAUGAUUGA